UGAUCAGAUCCACUAGCUGUCCUCCGCCUCGGAUUCCUGUGGGAUACAUAGGCCUACUGUUCUACUCACUCACUCAAUCGGAUAUCUGCAUUCACCCAGGGGAGGAGGAGAGGGGGGGCCUGCUGGGAUACGGCCCGAACCUGAAUCAUGAUGGAAUGGUUGAAGAAGUUGGUGAAAAAAACAUUUUCGUGGAAAGUCAGGGUGUACGUGAAGGACUACUGCAAGAGGAACGGCCUGCUGACGCUCUCGGUCUUAGCUGUGGUGACGGGCUGUGUGCUUGGGUUUGGCCUGAGGUCGCUCAACCUGUCCACACAGGCUAAGAUCUACUUCUCCUUCCCUGGAGAACUGCUGAUGAGGAUGUUAAAGAUGUUGAUUCUGCCGCUCAUCACCUCCAGUCUUAUGUCAGGCCUGUCAGCCAUGGACACAAAGGCAAGCGGUCGACUGGGAGUCCUGACUAUCACCUACUACCUGUGGACGACCUUCAUCGCUGUCAUCGUUGGCAUCAUACUGGUGCUCAUCAUCCAUCCGGGGACGGGCUCAGAGAAAGAUGGCCACCAUUCAAGUUCAGGGCCUGUCAUGACCUCCGCUGACGCUCUGCUGGACCUCAUCAGGAACAUGAUCCCGUCAAAUCUGAUUGAAGCAACGUUUCAGCAGUACCGAACGGAGCUGGUACCUAUUAUACAGAACACUGAUACGAUAGACUCUCAAGCCAACCAUGUAUAUGUCAUGCCCGACUACCACAACCCUCAACUGGGCCACCCAGUCUUCCUGGAGAUCACCCCUGCUCCCGACGUCAAGUAUAAAAUCGUCCCCAGUACCAGCAAGGGCAUGAACGUACUGGGGAUUGUCAUCUUCUCGGCCACCAUGGGACUGCUGCUGGGGAAGAUGGGAGAACGAGGAGCGCCGUUGGUUAACGUGUGCCAGUGCAUCAACGAGUGCGUCAUGAAGAUUAUUAACGCUGCUAUGUGGUACUUCCCCUUCGGCAUUGUGUUCCUCGUGGCAGGGAAGAUCCUGGAUAUGCACGAUCCGGCCCACCUGGGAGAGAAGCUGGGCAUGUACUUCAUCACAGUCCUGUCUGGUUUGUUUGUGCACGGCCUCAUCCUGCUUCCUCUCUUCUACUACUUCUUCACACGCAAAAACCCCUUCCCCUACAUCAGAGGGCUGCUGCAGGCUCUAGUUAUUGCACUGGCCACGUCAUCCAGCUCAGCCACGUUGCCCAUCACCAUGAAGUGUCUCCUGGAGAACUGUGGAGUGAACCGGCAGAUCGCUCGCUUCGUGCUGCCAGUGGGAGCUACCAUCAACAUGGAUGGGACAGCCCUGUACGAGGCCGUGGCGGCCAUCUUUAUCGCUCAGGUCAAUGAGUAUGACUUGGACUUCGGCCAGCUGGUCACGAUUAGUAUAACGGCAACAGCGGCCAGCAUCGGGGCAGCUGGGAUACCUCAAGCCGGUCUGGUGACCAUGGUUAUUGUCCUGACCUCAGUGGGGCUGCCGCCCGCUGACAUCUCACUGAUUGUGGCCAUCGAUUGGGUUCUUGAUCGGUUCCGGACGAUGAUCAAUGUUCUUGGUGAUGCCUUAGCUGCUGGGAUUAUGGCUCAUUUAUGUAAGGAGGACUUUGAGAAGGAAGCCCCUCCUGCUGCAACUUCUACUCCUGCUGAUGCCAAUAAUGGAGCUGGCCCCAAUCGAAGAGACACAGUUAUCUCCUUUGGCAAUCAGAGCGUGGCGAUGUCCGACUCUCCUCUGAUUACACACCGGUGCGAUUAUGUGUAUGAGGUGGAUGGAGAAAACAUGCUGGAGAGACCUUUGGCCUGCUACAACCUCUGCCAAGUCUGAGACACUUUUACGGGAUGGACAUCAAGGGAUACUGCCUUCGAACGCGCACAGAUUCACCUCUUUGGAUAAAAGGGACCAUCAUCUGAGGCCUGAAAAAAAAGUCCAGUUUAGUUAACAUCCUGCUAAGUUUCUGUUCUAAAUGAGACCAAAGUUUGAGUAAAUUGUGGGGGUUUAGCGGCUUUACUGGAUUUUGCCCGUGCCAUGGUAACAAAAAACUUCAUUACUUGAUAUAUUGUAUGUUUCCGUUCAGUUCUGACUGGGAGGGAAUGCAUUAAGUUUCACAUGUAACCUAAAUCUUAUAUAGACACUCUGCAUGCGGCUGAAGAAAUUAAGUGUUGCAAUGACAUGCAUUAGAUGGACUUAGUUAGCGGUGAAACUUAAACAUUCAUACGCCUGUUAGGCCUGUCAAGGUUUUGAGUUGCCUUAACAUGAUCUUGGUUUUUGACGAUAAUUCGGAGAACCGGAAAGACUUGAAAGUAAACACAAACUAGGACAAGGAGCAAAUUAAUUUUGUUGAAGUGAACCUUUAUGUUAUGACAAGGUGGAUAUAUAUUA